AGAGCUUCCAGGAACCCUGCGCAGUGGGAGAGAGGAAUGAGGUUCAGAGAGGGGCAGGGAGUUGCCCGCAGCUGCACAGCAUGUCCUCAGCCUGACCUGUGUCCUGACCCCUCUGUCCAGUCCCACCAUGGCCUUCUGGACACAGCUCAUGUUGCUGCUUUGGAAGAAUUUCAUGUAUCGUCGGAGACAGCCGAUCCAGCUCCUGGUCGAGUUGCUGUGGCCCCUCUUCCUCUUCUUCAUCCUGGUGGCUGUGCGGCACUCCCACCCGCCAUUAGAGCACCAUGAAUGCCACUUUCCCAACAAGCCACUGCCAUCGGCGGGUACCCUGCCCUGGCUCCAGGGCCUCAUCUGUAACGUGAACAACACCUGCUUCCCGCAGCCGACGCCUGGGGAAGAGGCCGGGCUCCUAAACAACUUCAACGACUCCCUGGUCUCCCGGCUCCUAGCUGAUGCCCGCUCUGUGCUGGGGGGACCCAAUGCCCGCAGGACACUGGCUGGCCUGAGGAAGCUGAUGCCGACGCUGAGAGCUGCACACAGCACAGCCUGGCGUCAAUUGAGCGAAAAGCCACAGGAGCAACCCUCACUGACCACUGAGUGGCUGGGGACGCUGCUGCGAGGGGAAUCCCUGGGGUCUGUGCUGGGUCAAGCCCGAGAGUCUGUGGGCAGCUUUGUGGAGGCAGCUGAGGACCUGGCCCAGGAGCUCCUGGCGCUGCCCAGCCUGGCACAGCUUCGGUCACUGCUGCAGCGACUCCGGGGGACAGGUGGAUCCCUGGAGUUACUGUCAGAAGCCCUCUGCAGUGCCAGGGGGCCUAGCAGCCCAGGGGGCCCCUCUCUCAAUUGGUAUGAGGCCAGUGACCUGAGGGAGUUGCUGGGGCACGAGCCAGCGCCAGUCCUGGCAGACAGCGGUCUGAGCCCCGCCUGCUCUGAGCUGAUGGGAGCCCUGGAAGACCACCCGCUGUCCAGCCUGCUCUGGAGGCGCCUGAAACCCCUGAUCCUCGGGAAACUGCUGUUCGCACCCGACACACCUUUCACCCGGCAGGUCAUGGCUCAGGUGAACCGGACCUUCGAGGAGCUGGCUCUGCUCAGGGAUGUCCAGGAGGUCUGGGAGGUGCUGGGACCCCAUAUCUUCACCUUCAUGAACGACAGUGUGAAUGUGGCCAUGCUGCAGAAGCUCCUGCAAAUGCACGAUGAAGGGAGGAGGCGGCCAGGACCUGGAAGCCAGGACCGGGCCAAGGCCCUUCGAUCUUUUCUGGACCCCAGCGAGGGCGGCUACAGCUGGCAGGAAGCCUAUGCUGAUGUGGAACGUCUGGUGGGUGUGCUGGGCCGUGUGAUGCAGUGCGUGUCCCUGGACAAGCUGGAAGCAGCGCCCUCGGAGGUGGCCCUGGUGUCGCGGGCCCUACAGCUGCUCUCUGAGCGCCGCUUCUGGGCCGGCGUUGUGUUCCUGGGGCCCGAGGACCCCCCAGACCCCGCAGAGCGCCCAGCCCCAGGCGUGGGGCCCGGCCACGUGCGUGUGACGAUCCGCAUGGACAUUGACGACGUCACGCGCACCAAUAAGAUCAGAGACAGGUUUUGGGACCCGGGCCCAGCCGCGGAUCCCCUGACCGACCUACGCUACGUGUGGGGCGGCUUCGUGUACCUGCAGGACCUGCUGGAGCGUGCAGCGGUGCGCGUGCUCAGCGGCGCCGUCCCCCGCGCGGGCCUCUACCUGCAGCAGAUGCCCUACCCGUGCUACGUGGACGACGCGUUCCUGCGCGUGCUGAGCCGGUCGCUGCCGCUCUUCCUGACCCUGGCCUGGAUCUACUCGGUGGCGCUGACGGUGAAGGCCGUGGUGCGCGAGAAGGAGACGCGCUUGCGCGACACGAUGCGCGCCAUGGGGCUCAGCCGCGCGGUGCUGUGGCUCGGCUGGUUCCUCAGCUGCCUCGGGCCCUUACUUCUCAGCGCCGCGCUCCUGGUGCUGGUGCUCAAGCUCGGAGACAUCCUCCCCUACAGCCACCCGGCCGUGGUCUUCCUGUUCCUGGCAGCCUUCGCGGUGGCCACGGUGGUCCAGUGCUUCUUUCUAAGCGCCUUCUUCUCCCAUGCCAACCUGGCGGCCGCCUGCGGGGGUCUCGCUUACUUCGCGCUCUACCUGCCCUACGUGCUGUGCGUGGCCUGGCGGGACCGGCUGCCCGCGGGCGGCCGCAUAGCCGCGAGCAUGCUGUCGCCCGUGGCCUUCGGCUUCGGCUGCGAGAGCCUGGCGCUGCUGGAGGAGCAGGGCCAGGGCGCGCAGUGGCACAAUGUGGGCACCGGGCCCGCGGCCGACGUUUUCAACCUGGCCCAGGUCUCAGGCCUGCUGCUGCUGGACGCUGCGCUCUACGGCCUCGCCACCUGGUACCUGGAGGCCGUGUGCCCAGGCCAGUACGGAAUCCCCGAGCCGUGGAAUUUUCCCUUCCGGAGGAGCUACUGGUGCAGGCCUCGGCUCCCCAAGGGUCCCGCCCCGCCCCCUGCCGCUCAGGACCCAAAGGUGCUGGUGGAAGAGGCGCCCCCCAGCCUGAGUCCCGGGGUCUCCAUUCGCGGCCUGGAGAAGCGCUUUCCCGGCAGCCCGCAGCCAGCCUUGCGCGGGCUCAGCCUGGACUUCUACCAGGGCCACAUCACCGCCUUCCUGGGGCACAAUGGAGCUGGCAAGACGACCACACUGUCCAUCCUGAGCGGCCUCUUCCCACCCAGUGGGGGCUCCGCCUUCGUCCUGGGCCAUAAUGUCUGCACGAGCAUGGAAGCCAUCCGACCUCACCUGGGCGUCUGCCCCCAGUACAACGUGCUGUUUGACAUGCUGACUGUGGAUGAGCAUAUCUGGUUCUAUGGGCGCUUGAAGGGUUUGAGUGCGGCGGCUGUGGGCCCAGAGCAGGACCGUCUCCUGCAGGACGUGGGGCUACUCCCCAAGCGACAUGUGCAGACCCGCCACCUCUCUGGCGGGAUGCAGCGGAAGCUGUCAGUGGCUAUUGCCUUUGUGGGUGGCUCCCAGGUUGUCAUUCUGGAUGAGCCCACGGCUGGUGUGGACCCCGCUUCUCGCCGUGGCAUUUGGGAGCUGCUGCUCAAAUAUCGGGAAGGUCGCACACUGAUCCUCUCCACCCACCACCUGGAUGAGGCAGAGCUACUGGGAGACCGUGUGGCUGUGGUGGCAGGUGGCCGCUUGUGCUGCUGUGGCUCCCCACUCUUCCUGCGUCGUCACUUGGGCUCUGGCUACUACCUGACGCUGGUGAAGUGUCCCCCACCUCUGACCACCAGUGAUAAGGGUGACACCAACUUGGAGGACAGUGUGGACACCAGGCAGGAAAGGGAGCCUGGCAGUCAGGGCAGCAUAGUUGGUACAUCCCAGCUGCUGGCCCUGGCGCAGCGCUGGGUGCCUGGGGCGCAGCUGGUGGAGGAGUUGCCGCACCAAGUGGUGCUUGUGCUGCCCUACGUGGGUGCCCUUGACGGCAGCUUUGCAGAGCUCUUCCGAGAGCUGGACAAGCGGCUGGGGGAGCUGAAGCUCACUGGCUACGGGAUCUCGGACACCAGCCUUGAGGAGAUCUUCCUGAAGGUGGUAGAGGACUGUGCCACAGACACAAACCUGGAAGAUGGUAGUCGUGGGCAGCUCCUGUGCACAAGGAUUGAUGGCCGAGAUGGGACCGAGAGGUUCAAGAUCCUGCCAGAGGAGUCAGCCCUGGAGGAUGGGGAGCUGGCUGGGUCAACCCCAGAGACCCAUGCCCUGCAGGGCUCUGGACCAGACACCGCAGGCCGGGUGCAGGGCUGGGCACUGAUCCAUCAGCAGCUCCGGACCCUGCUUCUCAAGCGCUUUCUGCUUGCCCGUCGCAGCCGCCGUGGUCUGUUCGUGCAGAUCGUGCUGCCCGCCCUCUUUGUUGGCCUGGCUCUGGUGUUCAGCCUCAUCGUGCCUCCGUUUGGGCACUACCCGGCUCUGCAACUCAGUCCCACCAUGUACGGUGCCCAAGUGUCCUUCUUCAGUGAGGACGCCCCCAGGGACCCUGAACGUGCCCUCCUGCUGGAGGCGCUGCUGGAGGAGGCAGGACUGGAGGAGCCCUACCUGCCAAACAGCUCCAACAGGUUCUCAGUGCCUGAGGUUCCUGAAGACAUGGCCAAGGUCUUGGCCAGUGGCAACUGGACACCAGCGUCUCCAUCCCCCGCCUGCCAGUGCAGCCAGCCCGGUGCCCGCCGCCUGCUUCCCGACUGCCCUGCUGGGGCUGGUGGCCUCCCACCACCCCAGACAGUGACCAGCUCGGGGGAAGUGGUUCAGAACCUGACUGGGCGGAACCUGUCUGACUUCCUCGUCAAGACCUACCCGAGCCUGGUGCGCCAGGGCCUGAAGACUAAGAAGUGGGUAAAUGAGGUCAGGUAUGGGGGCUUCUCGCUGGGGGGCCGAGACCCAGGCCUGCCCUCGGGACACGAGGUGGCCCAAUCAGUGGAGGAACUGCGGGCACUGCUGAACCCCCAGCCCGGGGAGGCCCUUGACCGUCUCCUAAACAACCUCACAGUGUGGGCUCAUCGCCUGGAUGCUCAGGACAGCCUCAAGAUCUGGUUCAACAACAAGGGCUGGCACGCCAUGGUGGCCUUUGUCAACCGAGCCAACAAUGCACUCCUACGUGCUCACCUGCCUCCAGGUUCUGACGGCCAUGCCUACAGCAUCACCACGCUCAACCACCCACUCAACCUCACCAAGGAGCAGUUGUCCGAGGCCACACUGAUGGCCUCCUCAGUGGAUGUCCUCGUCUCCAUCUGUGUGGUCUUUGCCAUGUCCUUCGUCCCAGCCAGCUUCACUCUUGUCCUCAUUGAGGAGCGUGUCACCCGAGCCAAACACCUUCAGCUCGUGGGGGGCCUGUCCCCCACCCUCUACUGGCUUGGCAACUUUCUGUGGGACUUGUGUAACUACUUGGUGCCAGCAUGCAUCGUGGUUCUCAUCUUUCUGGCCUUUCAGCAAAGAGCGUAUGUGGCCCCUGCCAACCUGCCUGCCCUCCUGCUGUUGCUACUACUGUAUGGCUGGUCGAUCACUUCGUAUAGCAUACAUUAUACGAAGAUACGAUACCCAGCCUCCGUCUUCGUCUCCGUGCCCAGCACAGCCUCUGUGGUGCUCACCUGUAUCAACCUCUUUAUUGGCAUCAAUGGCAGCAUGGCCACCUUCGUGCUUGAGCUCUUCUCUGAUAAGAAGUUGCAGGAGGUGAGCCGGAUCCUGAAACAGGUUUUCCUUAUCUUCCCUCACUUCUGCCUGGGCCGGGGGCUCAUUGACAUGGUGCGGAAUCAGGCCAUGGCUGAUGCCUUUGAGCGCUUGGGAAACAGGCAGUUCCAGUCACCCCUGCGCUGGGAGGUGGUCGGCAAGAACCUCUUGGCCAUGGUGGUACAGGGGCCCCUCUUCCUCCUCUUCACACUCCUGCUGCAGCAUCGCAACCACCUUCUGCCACAACUCAAGCUGAGACCACUGCCACCCCUCAGGGAGGAAGAUGAGGAUGUGGCCCAUGAGCGGGAGCGGGUGGUCCGAGGGGACACCCAUGGGGACGUGUUGGUGCUGAGUGAUUUGACCAAGGUGUACCGUGGGCAGAGGAUGCCAGCAGUUGAUCGCUUGUGCCUGGGGAUUCCCCCUGGUGAGUGUUUCGGGCUGCUGGGCGUAAACGGAGCAGGGAAAACUUCCACUUUCCGCAUGGUGACCGGGGACAUGCUACCCAGCUGGGGCGAGGCCGUGCUGGUAGGCCACAGCGUGGCUCGGGAACCGGCCUCCGCGCACCGCUGCAUGGGCUACUGUCCCCAAUCGGAAGCUAUCUUCGAGCUGCUGACGGGCCGCGAGCACCUGGAGCUGUUCGCGCGCCUGCGUGGAGUCCCCGAGGCCCAGGUGGCCCAGACCGCGAGCGUGGGCCUGGCGCGCCUGGGGCUCCCACGGUUCGCAGACAGACCCGCAGGCACCUACAGCGGAGGCAACAAGCGGAAGCUGGCGACAGCUGUGGCGCUAGUCGGGGACCCUGCCGUGGUCUUUCUGGACGAGCCCACCACAGGCAUGGACCCCGGUGCGCGGCGCUUCCUCUGGAACAGCCUCCUGGCCGUGGUGCGGCGGGGCCGCUCCGUGGUGCUCACGUCGCACAGCAUGGAGGAGUGUGAAGCGCUGUGCACGCGCCUGGCCAUCAUGGCGAACGGACGGUUCCGCUGCCUGGGCAGCGCGCGGCACCUCAAGAGCAGAUUCGGGGCCGGCCACACGCUGACGCUGCGGGUGCCCGCUCGACGGCCCGAGCCAGCGGCGGCCUUCGUGGCGGCGGCGUUCCCGGGGGCCGAGCUGCGCGAGGCGCACGGCGGCCGCCUGCGCUUCCAGCUGCCGCCGGGAGGGCGCUGCACUCUGGCGCGCGUCUUUGGAGAGCUGGCGGCACACGGGGCGGAGCUCGGCGUGGAGGACUUCUCCGUGAGUCAGACCACGCUGGAGGAGGUGUUCCUGUACUUCUCCAAGGACCAGGGGGAGGACGAGGACGAGGAGGAGGCAGGAAUGGGGGUGGACCCCGCGCCGGGUCCGCAGCGCCCCAAACGCAUCAGCAGGUUUCUGGAUGACCCCAGCACUGCGGAGACUGUGCUCUGAGACUUCCUCCCCUGCAGGGCCGAUGGGAGCCCUGGAGGUGGCAAAGGGUGGGUAGAGGGUGCGGGAGCCGCUGCCCCAAAGGAAAUAAAGAGAAGGCUGUCGAGAAGCCGUGAUGGUG